AUGGUAAACGAUACAAACGUUGCCAAUGUGUCAGAGUCCACCAUGCCCGACUCUGUCAGCAUGUAUACAUUGGGCAUGGUCAACCUCACCCAGUACGCCAAUGGCAACAACUACACCCUUGCGUUCAAGUACGUCCAAGGUAGUCAAUCCAACAACACAAACAAACAAACUCAAUUCCUCAUCGACUAUAUCAAUCUUAUAUCAACAACUUCCAACCUCAUAGACUCGGACGUCUAUGUAUCGAAUGUUGGAAGCGAUGUGAGUGGCAAUGGAAUGAUUGAUAACCCAUUCUAUAGUGUACAGUAUGCCAUCAAUGUGAUUGAGUCGGGUAACUCAAUCAAUCUUUUGACAGACGUCAAUCUGAUCAGAGUGCAGCCUGGCGCCACAUACUUGCUGGACACAAUCGGCAAGAAUAUCACCAUCCAGUCAGCCAUUAGCAGUACAUCAGUGAUGACAUUGAUCAACAACUAUACAAACACUUUGGAGCCGACACCAACGAUGAUAGUAACAGGUUACGACACUACCUUGUCCAAUAUUAUGAUACAGGGCGGUACUACACCGCUGUUUGGCCAGGCAGGAGUGUUGACGCAGCCACCCAACACAAACCUGCUGAUGGACAAUGUGAUACAGUAUGGCGCGCAGGCUGUAUUCAAUCCCACCCCUGCAGAUAUGCAGGCGCCAGGCAUCAUAUUCGCACAGUACAACACAACAACAAUCAUUAACAAUUGCACAUUCAGUGGCAAUCAGGGCCAGGGCAUGUUCUUGCACGGCUCCAUCAUUAGCCUGUUCAACACGACCUUCAGCAACAAUCAUGGCGGCACUCUAAUCUCCUUCUCCAACACCAUAAUGGACAUACAGCUACUACAAUGUCGCUUCGUCAACAAUGCCAACCUGUUGACAGGCCAGUACUUUGAUCGAUUCCUCGCCGCCGACUUAUACGCCACCAACAAUGCGAUUGGCGACAACAUCGACAGCCUGGAGAAUGGAAACAUGGUCAACAUCACGCGAUGCCUGUUCAUGAGCAACACAUACGCGCUCAACUUCUACUCGCUCAAUAGCGUGACGAUCAACGGAACGACGAUGCAGAGCUCGACGAUACCGCAGUCGGGCCUGCUGACAUUCAUCCAGGUGUAUGAUGGGCUGGUGCUGACGAACAAUCAUCUGACGGGCACACUGUCCACGGGCUUCCCAGCCGUCGUCACAACCAUGACCACAGCCUACCUGCAAAACAAUCUCUUUGACUUCAAUCACGUCACAUUGUUUGAGUGCUACAACUCAAACGUCACGUUGUAUAAUGACACGAUCAGCUACAAUGACGAUGCGAUGGCCCUGCUCGAGGCCACAGAGUGCGCGCUGCACAUUGCCAACGCGACCAUCAGCUACAAUCUCAGCCCGCUGCUCACAAUGUCCAUGUCCCAAGUGACGCUAAUGGACUCACUAUUGCUGGAGAACAGCAACGAGAACUACUGGCUGGUACCAUUCAUAACAAUGGAACGGCCGACCGCGACGCUACUGCUCAACAACCUGUUCCAACAGAACUUCAACUUCAUCCUGCUGCGUAUUCGUGGCGCGGACAGCGUGGUGAUGGACAGCCAGGUGUUCACGUCCAACUACAUUGGGCCACUCAUCACCGCGUACGAUGGGACGUGCAUCAACAUCACAAAUAUGAGAGCGACCGACAACUUCCUGGCCACGAACUUCCCCUUGGUGAUCGAGUCGUCCAAGCUGACGAUGCGCGACAGUAUAUUCAUUCAGAACACGCAGGCUUUGAUGCUGUCCAACUCGACGUUCGACCUGAGGGACUGCACGUGGGAUCACAUCUACUCGGUGAACAGCGCGCCCGAUCAGUCAUUCGUGGUGCAGUCGUCCAACGGCUCGAUCUUUGGCAGCACGUUCUCGAACGCCAACCCCAACAUUGGCAUCUACACGAGCCUCUCGCAUCUUCGUCUCGAAAGCGUGAUAUUCAUGGAGCUGUCGGGCUACGACAACCCGCUCGGCCACUUUUAUCACUCUACUCUGGACGUGUACGACUGCCACUUCAAGGCCUGCUCGGCCGGCGCCAACAUGAUGACCUCGGAGUAUACGAACGCGACAUUCGUAAGCUGCAUAUUCUUCAACAUGAGCAGCCCUGUUGCCACACUCCUGUUCCAGCAGUUCUCCGAGGUGCGCUUCGUCAACACAUCGAUCCUCUCGAUCCAGGGCAACUCGAUGGCCAUCAACUCGCAGCUGUCCAACGUGUCAUUUAUCGACACAGUAAUAUGGUACACAUACUUUGUCGACUCUUUCCUCUUUGUGGAGACGGGUGUGCUCGACGCUCAGGGCCUGGAGUUCAGCUACAACCAGGCCAGGCUACGCACGCAGGACUCUGUGAUCAGCAUACGCGACAGCGUUCUGAGCUUCAAUCAUAAUCAAGGAAAUCUGAUCCAGAUUCAAGCCGGACACAUAUCCAUUGUCAACAGCAAGUUUGAGAACAAUGGCUCGCCACACACGCCAGCAGUCAUCAGCACGAUCCGCUCAGAAGUGGACAUCAUUGGAUCUAACUUCACUUCAAACAAUGACUUUUACACAGUGGUCGACUCUUAUGUGGAUGUUACAAGGGGCUCGCUAUACAUACAUGGCACUAUAUUUGGAGGCUUGUUUUCGAACAAUGGCACGGUGGUCGUGCGCGAGACGUCUGCCACAAACAUUGACAGCAGCAUCUUCCGUCACAAUUUUGCCUUCGCAAUGCCUGGCACAGCGCUGCGGCUAAUCUCCAACCCGGCAGUGGUGCUUACCAACUGCCAGUUCACAGACAACACCAACAGUGACAGUGGCGGCGCAAUCUACCUGUAUGACACGCGAAUGUGGGCCAGCAACGUCACUGUUGUUGACAACUUUGCAUAUCGCGAUGGUGGCGCCAUACUGGCCAUUCAGUCAGAGUUGACGUUCUACGCGUCAACAUUCACUUUGAACAUCGCACAGAAUGGUGCUGGAGCCGUGUGCUACUCGGACACGCCCACAUGUUACAUUGGCAACUGCACGGAUGAUAGGCCGUGUCCUUCCAGCGGCAACUCGCUCAACAACACAUUCAAGGACAACUCAGUGCAGAAUGGAUAUGGCGCGUAUAUGGCAACGGGGCCAAAGUCUCUGGACAUCCGUCUUAUCGAAGAUACGGGUACCAUUCAUCCCAACACUACCUUCCUGCUGUUUGUGUCAGAGUAUGACAGCUAUGAGCAGGUAGUGUCGAUACUGCCUACGGCAACAUCCAUGUCGCUCAUGGUAUAUCGCGAGUCAGAUGGUGCGCUGCUGGACAUGUUCAACAACAUCAAUCUGCCACAGGGUUUCUUCACGCAGCGCCUGACCAUCAACCAGCCAGUCGGCACCGCACUCCACUUUAUGGCCAACGCCAGCAACGGCUUCACGGCCGACCUGCACAUGAUGCUACAGGCAUGUGACGCGGGACAGUAUCCCACCCUCAUAACAAACGCCUGCACUCAAUGUCCCAUCAACACUUAUGGAUGGGACGGCAACACUUGCUAUAGCUGCACCAACUAUGUCUCGAAUCAGGUGCGAUGUCCCGGUGGCAAUAACAUUGUGACGAUGCCAGGGUGGUGGCGACUGCCAGACAGCGAGCCACCUCGCAUCUACGAGUGCGACCACAAUGUGUGUCUGCUCAACUCAUGCCGCCCGCAUCAAUAUGGCACGCUUUGUUCAAAGUGCGAGACAGGCUACGCCAAGGUCAAGUCAUUCUGUGAAGAGUGUCCAGUCGAGGGCGUUAACUACUUCCUCCUCGCGGGCUACCUUCUGUUCAUGUUCCUGUACGUGCUGUGCCUGUCGCUGUACCGUUUGCCGUCCGCCACGGCGCUAUUCAAUCUCCUGACCUGUGUGCAGAUGAUUGGAGUCACCUCCUUUGACAUUCGCUACGUCACCUUCUUGCCGCUGUUCAACUUCAAUGUGGACUAUUGGCCAACUACCUGUCUGGCCAACGUCCUGACCUUCCCCUACAAGAACAUCAUCGCGUUCAGUGCGAUCGUCAUUGUGGUCGGACUGUCCUCACGCCUCACAAUUGGCAAGGAUGUGGCGGCACGUCUUCUGCGUCGAUUCGUCAACACAAACAGCGAGUCCAAGUUCAACAAUGAGUGGCACUACGCCUUGUUCAGCCACGUGCUCAUGGUUUACACACCUCUGGCAUUCCUCUCAUUGGGACUCGUGUCAUGCUAUCGCAUUGGACCCGAUUACUACCUGUCUGUGGACGUGGGCGUUCAGUGCUUCUCUGGCGAACACUACCCCUUGCUCGUGGCGGCCAUCCUCGUCAUACUGUUCAUACUCAUUGGUGCACCAUUGUACAUACUGAUCAAGUGUAGACGUGGCUACAGCAAUCGAUACUUCCACAAGAUGUUCCUGGCCAAGUAUCGACCACGCUACAUGUGGUGGGACAUUGUGAUCCUGUUGCGAUCGAUCUGCUUCGUCGUGACAACCAUCACGACCAUAUAUCACCUGGACGUCAAGUCACUGAUCCUAUCGACGCUCAGCCUGUUCUUCACCUGCAUCACAUGGUUGUGUGCGCCCUAUAGACGCAAGAGCCACAAUGAUCUCGAGACACACUUUGGCUUGAUACUUUGCAUCUGCGCAUUGGUAUUCAACAGCAGGUCAUUGGACAACUCCAGUUUGCUAACAGGUCUAAUCAUUUCAAACAUUGCAUUACUGUGUCUAAUCUCCCAAGCAUACUAUGUCUACCACAAUAUGCGAUCUAAACGCGCUCUAACCUCAAUAGAACGAGACUGGGGAAUCAAAAGUUCGGCCGCUGUUCCGGCUUCAUCCAGUUCCAGUUCCAGUUCCUCCAACAACAUCAUCAUUGGCACGGAAAUAAAAUAG